AUUUCUAUCAGAAAACAAGGGCUCCAUACUUGAUUGUGCGACAUACGCCGAUUUUGGCGCGGUUUUUCAAGCAUAGCAGCUGUACAUGCGAACUACAUUUCGAUGCGGAAUUGGCCUGGUUUCGGUCAAGGCUUUGAGCGGGAAAAAGGCACCGCCACCUGAAAAACAACACAGCGUCAUGACUAGUGUCAAGGGCGCGGAUUUGGUAAAGGUAAAAAACAACGUAUUCAGCCACUAAAAAGUGAAGUUUGCCUUCUAUGGCAGUGCACUGCCUCGCCUUUAAAACGUUAUUAGGUUGACAAUGCUGCAGCUGGGAACGAGACUAUUCCUGACAGCUGUUGUCGCCCUGGGUACGACGUCAGGGUCGCCCAGUUUCACUCAAGUGCCAGGGGACCUGUCCUACACCAAGGGCCAGGAUGUCGUCUUCAACUGGGCAUUCGAAUUCGAAGCUCCGCUGGACGUUAGCUUUUUGACGUGGUAUAAGAUCAGUGAUCAGGGGCCUGUACUGAUCAUGAGUUUCGCGGACAGCUUACGUGUUAGAGACCCAUACAUGGGGCGGGUUGAGCUAGUUGGCCAGGCGGGACUGAAACUGUUGAACAUAAGCGAGAGCGACGCGGGACCCUACGAGAUGGAGGUAUUGUUUACAGACAAAACAGAGAUAGCCAACCGGUCAAUCCUUGAUGUCAAAUAUGCACCGGUGGACACGGCGAUAGUUGUACCCCCCUCCCAUCAACCGUCACCCGGCAACGCUCUAGCGAAUCUGGGCGAUGACUUGGCACUGGAAUGCACCGCAAGAUCUAAUCCUGCUCCAAGGUUCUCCUGGACAAAGGAUCGCCUCCCGACUACUGAUGAGGAAGUGGACCAAACAACCGGCUUGCUGACCAUCAGAAGUGUUCAGAAACGGGACACGGGAACGUAUCGGUGUCACGCAAGUAACGGCAUUCAGCCGCAGGGAACCGACAGCAUCAACGUCGUAGUUCACUACCCUCCGACGUUUGCAACUGCUCGGAUAGUUUCUCCUCUCCCUGUUAAGGAGGGCGACAACCUCACGAUCGUAUGCAGCUGCGACAAUGCCUUCCCUACACCGAGGUUUCGGUGGGCCAAAAAUGGCAGCGACACUCUUCCCGACUCGGCAGUCGUAGAUGAACAGUUGGGACGUCUCACGAUCGGCAGCGUACAGCUGAAAGAUUCGGGUGUCUACAUCUGCGUCGCCGGCAAUGGCGUCCCGCCUUCUCCGUCUGACGAAGUGACCGUGGAAGUUACGGCUAAGCCCACGGUCCGGCCAGCCCCCACCCCCACUCCCACCAAGACCAACUAUACCAUCGUCAUUGUAGCCACAGUAUGCCCGUGCUGUCUCAUCUUCCUUGUCUGUAUCCUCUUCUGCUUCUUCCGACGAAGAAGAUCUGUCCAUCGGCGAAAAUCUGACAAGGUUUUGGCGUCGUUCGAUGACGUGAACCACCACAGAGAACGACUGGAAUACCUGUGUCCAGAUCAGAACGUCCUGCGUGUUUCGAACGCGACCGAGCUGGACAAAAUGGCGGACCCGGUUCUGCAGGAAUUCUGGGAUUGCUUGGUGAGGAUGGACGUGGAUCCAGUCCUGGUGUUCCUACGGGAAAAUCGGAGCCUGGCCGUGGAUGAGGUGGCAGGUAUCCGGGCGGCCCCCUGUGUAGUGGAGAGGCUGUUGGACAUCCUCUGUGUGCUGAAAGGAGACCAGGCCUCCCGCGUGCUCAGCGACGCCUUGCGACACUCCGACCAAACGCACCUCGCAGAUCUCCUGGACGGAAAAGUUCUACCGGACGCCAGGUGCGUAACCAUGACAACGGUCACAGAGACGUCGUUUGGCCUGACCUUCAGACCUGCGUACAAGAACCUCCAACACUUCGGUGACGUGGACAAGUACCUCGUCACUCUGGAACUGGCCCUUCCCGAGCCCAAGCCUACGUUUCGGUGA